CCACUACCAUCAUUCCGUUGAUUUUAUUCUCUGCACCUCUCAAUUAUUCUUCUUCGUAUUUCGUGUUGGCUCUUCUUCUUCCAGUGAAGAUACAGAUUUUACAAUAUUUGCUGUUUGCACUUGUUCUGCCCUAUAAACGGAAAGUAUUGCUGUUUGCACUUGUUCUGCCCUAUAAACGGAAACUGCUAAUCAGUGGCGAAGCCAGGAAACUCAAUAAGGGUGUUCAAAUUUUGAACACCCUUUGCCCGUGAGCUAUGCAAGGGUGUUCAAAGUCUAUUUUUAAUCAGUAACAAGUAAUAUUUUACCUUAUACGUAGUAUAAUUGUUCGGUGAAGGGUAUUCAGUUGAUCUUGGGCCAACAUAGCUUCGCCCCUGCUGCUAAUUCUUAUUUGAUGGUGAUACCUGAUAUUGAAGCUAUCCUUCAAAUUUCUUAGGUACUAUUUGUGGUCAGCUUCAUGGAUUCUCCACAGUCUGUUGUAUCACCAUUUAAGGGUUCCUCUGUUUUUGUCGACUCCGAGAAGCAAAGCAGUGAAUUUUUCAUCAAGAAUCCUUCUGGACUAUCCGAGGGAAUUUCUGCUCGCAGAGAGGAGGCUGUUGCCCGCAACGUGGAGGACUUCAUUGGUGUUCUCGACGUGUAUGUACAUCAGGCUAGAGAUAUCCACAACAUCUGCAUUUACCAUAAGCAAGAUGUUUAUGCAAAACUUUGCCUUACUAGUGAUCCUGAAAAUGCAGUCUCCACUCAGAUCAUUAAUGGCGGUGGGCAAUCUCCAGUCUUCAAUGAGAAUCUAAGGCUCAAAGUUCGUACGAUAAAAUGCUCGGUUAAAUGUGAGAUAUGGAUGAUGAGCAGAGUGAGGAAUUAUUUGGAAGACCAACUGCUAGGAUUUGCACUAGUCCCCCUUUCUGAAAUCCUUGUCAAAAAUGGAAAGCUAGAAAAAGAGUUCUCUCUUUCGUCGACCGAUCUCUAUCACUCCCCAGCAGGAUUUGUACAGUUGUCCGUUUCUUACAAUGGUACUUCACCUGAAGUGCUUGAAAUUCCUUCAUUGCCUGUAUCUGUGGACACUGAUGCAUCUCGGGCCCCAGAUAGCGAGACACCCGAGUCGUUGCUUAAGGAGUUUGAUAAAAUUGAGUUCCCAGAUCCUAAGAUUGUAAAUGAAAAUAAUCUUAUGGUCUCUGAGUACUUUAAUAUACCAGGCACUAAUCUGGAUUCUCAAAGCUCAGAUAGCUUUGUCUCUUCUGAUACUGAAAAUCAGCUCAGUCCAGAUGUAGAUGUCCAUAUGGGAAGUUUUCCAAGUGGAGUUGCUAAUUUCCACCAAUAUCCUAAGCGCGAUUCCCCUCCUAGCAGCGUAUCAACCAUCGACUCUCCAUCCGCUUUGCACCCUGCAACCUCUCAGUCCUCUGAUACCCAAGGAGCUUCAAAAUCUCCGGGGGAAGAAUAUGCUUCAGCUCCUAAAGCCAGUGGAGAUGCUGAGAGUAACAUAUCGGAAACCAAGCCUAGCAGUGCAUUUCCAAAGCCAGUGGUUGCAGUGAACAUUGAGCCAGAGCAAAAGGUUGUGCAACAGGAUAUCGUGGAUAUGUACAUGAAAAGUAUGCAGCAAUUUACUGAGUCCUUGGCAAAGAUGAAGCUUCCAUUGGACAUGGAAACUAGGCCAACAACUUCUGGUAAUUCAAGUUCAGAUCAGACAUCGCAAACACCCAAGAGCACUGGCUCACGGGUGUUCUAUGGCAGCAGAGCUUUUUUCUGAGCUUUUGCGAAUGGUUCUCAGAUGACCUAUAGCGAUUAGGACCAAGUAUAAAAGGAUAAACGAACACUUAAGGAUUUUAUGAAUGUGGUGUUUUAUCCAUUUUAUGAUUUUAGCCCAUGGAUAAUUAAAAUGCUCUGAACUAAUAGACUUAGGUCCGUUGAAGACUUGUUUUACUUCUGUACCAUGUUAAUUAGAACUUUGUGCUUAAUUUAUGCUCAGCAUUUCCCUUGAAAUAAUC